GAGGCCCCGCCGGGCAGGGCUGGGUGCGGGAUACCGGCCCUGGGGAGGCCCCGCCGGGCAGGGCAGGGUGCGGGAUCCCGGCCCUGGGGAGGCCCCGCCGGGCAGGGCUGGGCGCGCCGAGAUGUCGCCGUGUGGGCUCGGGCGGUACUUCUGCACGGCGGGCCGCGGGCUCGAGCCCUUCCUGGCGCGGGAGGUGCGGGCGCGGCUCGGCGCCACGGAGGUGGACUGCGUCUCGGGAAAGGUGUUUUUCAGCGCGGCCGCGGGACCGGGCGAGCUGAGGAAGCUGCGGUCGGGGGAGCGGCUGUUCCUGCUGCUGAAGAAGCACAGCCCGCUGGCAGUGUCUGGAAACAAAGGGAAAAUGCUACAUGAGAUUAAAAGCCUUGUAAUUGAGGAACCAAGAUAUUGGUUGGAUAUUAUCUCUGUUUGGAGAAACCUUCAUGGACAUGAGGGGAAAAAAGGUGAUGUCGCUCAAGAAAACCCAUUGGCUCUGAAGAGAAAGUCAGAAGAAGAGACAAAUACUGCAAGUAAAAGGCAGAAAACGGAACAAGAGAGAGACGUUGUGUCUGAGGAAUGUCAGGUGGAAGCUGGAGAGAGGGGUGUGGUGCCAGAGAGAAUCAGUGAUCAGGAGUGUCGGACUGAGAGCAGCGCUUCCUCAGAAGACCCUUCCAAAGACAGUGGAGAGAACUGUCCUGCAAAUGAACAGCUUAGCUUCAGUUUCAGAGUGUCUUGUCGUUGUAGUGGAGCAAUUGCCAAAAUACUGACUUCACAGGAGAUCGGAAGAGCCAUUGGCAUAGCACUCAUGAAGCAGUGUGGGUGGCGUGCUGAUCUGCGGGACCCUGACCUCGAGAUCUUUGUACAUCUUAAUGACAUUCACUCUGUGGUGGGGAUUCCUCUUUUCAGGCUUCCAUUGGCAAACAGAGAGUAUAUCAGAACAGCAGGACUGCGCUCAACAGUUGCCUGGGCCAUGGCAUCUCUGGCCGAAAUCCGUGCUGGUGCCUUUGUGCUGGAUCCCAUGUGCGGGCUAGGAACAAUACUGCUGGAGGCUGCCAAAGAGUGGCCUGAAGCCUGUUACUGGGGUGCUGAUAUAAGUGAUUCACAGUUAGAGGGUGCAGAUGUGAAUAUUAGAACUGCAGGCUUAAUGGAUAAGAUUGAGUUGCUUAAAGCUUCGGUGAAAGCCCUGCCGUUGCCUUCAGAAAGCUUUGACACUGUGAUUUCGGAUAUUCCAUUUGGGAAGAAGUUCAAGGUCACGAAUGAUGCCCAGCUCCUACCGGAUAUUCUCCAGGAAAUGGAAAGAGUGCUCCGUGUCGGAGGGACCAUUGUAUUGCUGCUGAGCCAGGAUCUCCGGAAGCGCAUGGACGGCUUGACCUCGUGUGCUGGAAGUGACUCUCCUGAGGCCACUGCUGAUGGCACCAGUGAAACAGCCACUGCAAAAGCCCCAAGUGUUGAUGAGAAUCCUUCCUCUGUGGCAGAUGGUGCUGGAGAAUCCUUUCUCAGCAGCAGCCAGACACAUUUUGGGUCUCUGGUGCCGGAUGGUGUCUAUGGGGUUAGUCUUGGGAAGACAGAGGCUUUCAUAUACAAAUACAGGAAGAUCUCUGCUGCCAGGAAUCGGCAGCUUUCUGGCACUGUGCUGAAGGAACUUGAAUCCUGAGACACUUCAGAAGCAGCUUGGCAUGACCAGUGGAACCCUUCUGAUGCAAACGAACCCCGUGCCAUCUCUUAGCUCGCCUCCCAUUCUUUGGAUGUCCUAAGGCACUGCUUCUCUCUGGUUUUUAGGAGAGAUGGAAAGUGCCUACUAGAGUUUCAGCUGGUUUCCCUGUAUUGUGCACAGUGAAACAGUAUAUGGUAUAUUGUAAUAAGCCAAAGUCCUCAAAUCCUUGUUAAGGCAAAGCUGCUCAUUAAUGGGAGGAGUUUCUAUGGGAGAGAAAGUAUUUACUGAACUGCAACCCCAAAUGGGGUAGCAUUAAAUGUAAAUGGAUUUUCACCUUCAGCAGUGUUUAUCAAGAAGCACAUCUUGUCUGAAGAAGUCUCCAUCUCUUUUUGAGGGGUAGACGUAUGCUUUACCAGGCAGUCUUUUAUUUUAAAGCUUGUUUCUGGUAAGUUUGUGAGAUCUCUUGGAGUGGAAAAUAAACUGUUUUAUGUAUUAAUUCUUUGCAGCAUUUUCAUGUGUCUAGUGGGUACGCUUUAAUUCAGCGUUUUAGGAUGAAGAGUCUUAUUUCUAUCAAAAGUAAUGCUUUUCCUCACUUGGUAAUGUUACUCCAAGGACACAGUGUGCAUGAUGGGAAAACUAGCCAAAUAGAUGAAAAAUUAGAAAUUAGGAAUGUAUUCUGCCUGAGAGAAGCACAUGGAAAAAGAUCUCAGGAAAAGAGGUUUUUUUGGUUAAUGCAAAAGCUAUUUUGGGAGGCGGGGAGGAAAUAAACUUAACUGCAGGCUUUCCCCUGGCUGCUGAGCUGAUAGUGAAGGAUUUUUAUAGAGAAUGCUUGCAGAUUGCUUUAAGAUGCUGCUUUGGACAAGCUUGUCAAACUAGGAUGGACUAAUGCAUUGUGUGUCUCUGUGCUUAGUGUGGCAAUAACCAUUAGCAGUGUGUUUGUUUGGGCUGGGUUUGCAUUGUUCUUUUUCAGAAAUUUGUUCUGUGUAGCCUGUUGGAAGCAUUACUUAUCCAUGUGCUUUCUGUGGCAGUCUCUACUCUGAGGAUCUUAGAAUUUGAAGUCUUAAGAGCCUGUGGUGUGGACUGAAGUAUGAAAACUCCAAGAGCAAUGAGGGUAUGGAUUGUAUUGGUAGGAGCCUCCUGUUAACACUGGUCUCUGGAAAUGUGCUGAUGCACAGGUUUUUGGCUUUAAACAAUACUUCUGUAAUUAUUUGCACUCCCACCCAAGAUCAGCUUUCAAAGAGGCCUUGGAGCAAAUGAUAAUGUCACAGGAAAGGCUCUUGGCCGGGGGGGUGUGGCCUCCUUACACAGCCUUUAAUGAGAAUAAUAACAAAAUUUAAAAUUAAAAUAAAAAGAAAAAUAAAAUUUAAAAAUACAACAAAAAAUGCAUUCUAAUGAAAAUAAUCCUGGCAGCCUUUGCAGCGCCUCGGUGACUUCUGCCAGGCUUUCUAAAAUAAAAAAUAAAGUUAAAAAUACCCCAAAAAUACAUUGGAUUGUCGUGUCUUUUAUUUUCUAAAGGGAGCUCCCGAGCGGUGCCCCAAGGCUGCCAGCUUCAGUCUGGAGUCGGAGCUUUUUGUGGGACUGCACAGCGAAGCUGCCUGUGGGAAUGACCUGGCUAUUGCUCAGUGUACUCCUAAUUAAAGUGUCUUUUACUCCGUGUUCCCAGGCUCCCUCUUUCCCUUCGGUCGCCGUGGACACUGUGCCGGACGCCUCUGGCAGGACUAACCCCGUGGCUUUUAUGUCCAGCGUGCUGUGCUGUGAACCUGCAGCAUCCUGUCCGAGACAAAGCUACCUUUCCUCGUGGGAAUGGACCGGCCGGGCUUUGGCAAUCUGGCCCCUCGAAAGACUAAAGUGACCUCUUCCAGCAGGGGAAGACUGAAGCAAGGGGUGCCAGGAAGAACUGGAGUCCCUGGAGAAUAAAAGCUGGAAGCGUGCCCCCGAAAAUCCCCAGCCCCGGGUGGUCAGUGGUCUGACUUGCACGGACCGGUGGCCUUGGCCAGCAGCGGUCCUGCGGGAAGCGCCUUUGCUCAGCCUGUAAUUUUAAUUUCCAUUGGAUGCUUGGAAAAUCCCCCCUGGGUGAGCCCCAGUGCCUGGCAGGAGCGGAGCGGGCUUGCAGGGAGGUGUUCACCUGGUCAGCGUCAGGAACCAUCCUAACUGAGGCCUCGGCUUUCUCUUUCCCUUCGGUCGCCGUGGAUGUGCCGGACACCUCUGGCAGGACUAACCCUGUGGCUUUUAUGUCCAACAUGCUGUGUGCCUACAGCAUCCUGUCCGAGACAAAGCUACCUUUCCUCGUGGGAAUGGACCGGCCGGGCUUUGGCAAUCUGGCCCCUCGAAAGACUAAAGUGACCUCUUCCAGCAGGGGAAGACUUUCUGGCAAGGGGUGCCAGGAAGAACUGGAGUCUCUGGAGAAUAAAAGCUGGAAGCGUGCCCCCGAAAAUCCCCAGCCCCGGGUGGUCAGUGGUCUGACUUGCAGGGACCGGUGGCCUUGGCCAGGAGCGGUCCUGCCGGCCUGUAAUUUGAAUUUCCAGAUCAGGGCUGUAAUUUUAAUUUCCACUGGGUGCUGGCAAAGCCCCCCUGGGUGAGCCCCAGUGCCUGGCAGGAGCGGAGCGGGCUUGCGGGGAGGUAUUCACCUGAUCAGUGUCAGGAAGCAUCCUACCUGAGGCCUCGGCUCCCUCUUUCCCUUCGGUCGCCGUGGGUGUGCCGGACGCCUCUGGCAGGACUAACCCCGUGGCUUUUAUGUCCAACCUGCUGUGUGCCUGCAGAAUUGCCACGAGAGGAAAUACUUCAGAGGGGCUUCCCUCCAGAUAAGCCCUGAACGUGCCAGGAGGUUUCAGCCGGGAGAAAGGAGCUGUGGAAGAAAAGCAGCCUAAAAAUAGCCAGUGGGGAUCAUCAGGUUUUCCAGGCAAGAAGAACAAGGAGAGAAAUGAGGGAAUCGGGUUCCAAUUCCUAAAGAUUUGGUGGGUGCAGGAAUGAUUUGUGUGUGUUUUCCAGUCCCUUUUGAUUCCUGGGAUGAUUUUAAAAUGAUGGCUUUAGCAAUCAACUAAA